UAUUACGUCUACCUUCCGGCUCCAGCGGGCACGCCCCCUGGUGACGUAUGAUAUUAUUGCAGAUGCUGUCAUGGCGGCUCAGAAGAUCAAUGAAGCUUUAGAGCAUCUGGCUAAAGCAGAGAAAUGUUUGAAAACUGGGUUUUUAAAGUGGAAACCGGACUACGACAGCGCAGCUUCAGAAUAUGCCAAGGCAGCUGUUGCCUUUAAGAAUGCGAAGCAGUAUGACCAGGCUAAAGAUGCCUUUUUAAAGGAGGCUGAAUCUUUUGAGAACAACAAAGCUCUUUUCCAUGCAGCUAAAGCCUAUGAACAAGCAGGAAUGAUGCUGAAGGAGAUGCAGAAGCUCCCUGAAGCCGUCCAGUUGAUAGAGAAAGCCAGCAUGAUGUAUCUGGAGAAUGGAACGCCUGACACUGCUGCUAUGGCCCUGGAGCGGGCUGGGAAGCUUAUAGAACAUGUAAAUUUGGAAAAAGCUGUCUACUUAUAUCAGCAGUCUGCGUCCGUCUUUGAGAAUGAAGAACGUUUACGUCAAGCAGUGGAACUUCUAGGAAAGGCUUCAAGACUUCUAGUGAGAGCUCGCCGGCUAGAUGAUGCUGUAGUAUCCAUUCUAAAAGAAAAGAAUAUGUACAAAGAAAUAGAGAAUUACCCUACAUGUUAUAAGAAAACAAUUGCCCAAGUGUUAGUGCAUCUUCAUAGGAAUGACUUUGUUGCUGCAGAGAAGUGUGUCAGAGAAAGUUACAGUAUUCCAGGUUUCAGCGGUAGUGAGGACUGUACUGCGCUGGAACAGCUACUAGAAGCAUAUGAUCAGCAAGACCAGGACCAGGCGUGUGAAAUUUGCAACUCUCCACUUUUUAAAUACAUGGAUAAUGAUUAUGCCAAGCUGGCAUUGAGCUUGGCAGUUCCAGGAGGUGGCACCAAAAAGAAAUCUCCAGCAACCUCACAGAAUGGUGUAUCACAGCCGGCACAGGGCAGCUCCCACACUGAAGAAGAUGAUGAUGAAUAUGCCGGAGGCCUCUGUUAGGAUUGUCGUUGCUGCACACCUAUUUUAUGACAUCAAGUCCAUCCCUUAUAUCUACAAUAGUCACCACAGCAGAUAUAAUAUGAGAUGUUUAAUGACUUGCUUUGUUUCAUGGCUUUAUUGUGAAAGAUAAAUUUCUACUUCUAUCACAUUCUAUCUAUACAAGAGCUCCAAAGAAAAAUACUUAAGAGAGUGGAUUUGGAUCAAUAUUAUUCCCCUGUGCUGCACAGUUAGCCAUUGUAUCUACAUAAAUAAUUGUAGCAUGGAAGUUUACUUUGUCAUAGACUGAUUAAGUGAAGUGAAUCAUUUGUACAAAUGUGUUUCCUGUAAAUUACUGGAAGUAAUUGUGACCUGGCUAUUAAAUAUUUAUAUCGAGCUGUA